AUUUACAGUUUCUUCCCAACCAUAUCUUUUAGGGUUCUCUUCCCCCUUUCAUCUUCUUCCUCCUCCUCGAGAAUGAUGCAACCAGGAGCCACCAUUGUUCCUCCACCAAUGACGGCUCCUCCUUCAGUCGACAACCAACAAACCCAUUUUCAAUACCUACAGCAACCGCAUCCAUGGCAGCAACAGCAACCAUGGAUCAAUCAACAAUCAUUUCAGUAUCAGCCACAACAGGCUCUUUACUACCACCAACAACUUCCUCCUCAGACCGCGACUCAGCCUACCAAUUCCGACGAACUCCGUAGCCUCUGGAUCGGAGAUCUCCCACCAUGGAUGGAUGAACAAUACAUCAUCAGUUGUUUUCCCAACACUGGCGAAGUACUUGCUGCUAAAGUUAUUCGUAACAAACAAACAGGCCUUUCUGAGGGAUAUGGUUUUAUUGAAUUUGUUAAUCAUGCAUCUGCUGAAAGAGUUUUACAAACAUAUAAUGGCACACCAAUUCCAAAUGCUGGACAGAAUUACAGACUAAACUGGGCUUAUUCUAGUUCGGGUGAAAAACGAUCUGAUGGUACAGCGGAUUUCACGAUUUUUGUAGGGGAUCUGGGUCCUGAUGUUACUGAUGAUGUGUUGCUAGAAACGUUUAGGGUUCACUAUACCUCUAUUAAAAGUGCCAAGGUGGUUAUGGAUCGUUUGAGUGGUAGGACUAAGGGAUAUGGUUUUAUCAGGUUUGCAGAUGAAAAUGAGCAAAUACGAGCUAUGUCUGAGAUGAAUGGACAGUUAUGUUCAACAAGGCCAAUGCGAGUUGGGGCUGCGCUGAACAAGAAAAAUGAAGGUGGUGCAGCAGCUGCAGCUCCAUAUCAGACUUAUCAGGCAUCUCAAGGAGCUCAGAAUGAGGAUGAUCCAACCAAUACAACUAUAUUUGUUGGUGGGUUGAGUGAGAGCAUUUUAGAUGAUCAACUCAGGCAUGUAUUUAGUCCAUAUGGACAGUUAAUUCAUGUGAAGAUACCAGCUGGAAAGAGAUGUGGUUUCGUACAAUUUGCUGAAAGACAAUCUGCUGAAGAAGCAAUGAAGAUGUUAAAUGGAACCCAAUUGGCUGGACAAAGCAUUCGGCUUUCAUGGGGUCGUAGUCCUAACAAACAGGCACAAGCUGAUCAAAACCAAUGGAAUGGUGGAUAUUAUGGCUAUGCACCUGCUGGAUAUGAUACUUAUGGAUACACAGCAGCACAGCAAGACCCAAAUAUGUACUAUGGAGCCUAUUCUGGAUAUGGAAACUUCCAGCAACCCCAACAGCAGCAGUAGAAGUGAGUGUUGUACCUGUUGAAAGUGGUGAACUGUGCUGCAUUUGGGGGCACUGAUUUAUUUGAAGUUAACUGUUGAGCUGCUGCAAUGAUGACCAUUUUCUUUGUGAUCACUUGGAGUUUACUUUACUCUAAAUGAUGGAUGAUGAUAUGUUUUGGUUUUAUUUUUAGAUAUCUAUGAUUGAAUGGUAUAAGCAUACAAGGAGCACUUGUUGGCAUUGACUUGAAUUUUAUUGUUGUUAAAAAAAGUAUAUUGACAAAUAUGCUUUUAUUUUA